AUGUAUUGCACGCCGGGUGAUCUGAAAAUGGACCGGCAAGUUGCUGGAAGCAGAAAUGUGUCGGUUACACGAGGAGAAAACAACGCCGCUGAGCCGAGAGGGGAUUCGAAAUCGAACCGAGCAAUGGAUAAUCACGUUUAUGCGCUUCGAAGGCGACCGGCAGCACGGGUGGAGAGUGGUGCUGGCGGUUCACCGAUCGGUGCUGGCACCCCGUGCUCCUCGAGAAGCUCCUCAUUUACUGGCAAGAGGUACGCUGCCCAUUUACUCCCUCAAAAUUCAGUGAACUAA